AGCAAUACUGCGGUAAUUACCCACAACCGCUUGCUUCAGUCGACAAGUUUCUCGUUUGUUUAUUGACAUAACUCAGGAGUUAUUUGGCAUUUUUUCUGUGACUUAAUUCUGUUUCUAAAUAUCUUGUAAAAGAGCCGCAAUGGCGCAGUACAAAGGAGCGGCGAGCGAAGCGGGGAGAGCGAUGCAGCUCAUGAAGAAGAGAGAAAGAGAGCGAGAACAGCUCGAGCAACUCAAACAGAAGAUAGCAGAGGACAAUAUGGUGAAGUCCAACAUUGAUAAAAAGUUCUCUGCUCAUUAUGAUGCUGUGGAGCAAGAGCUCAAGUCCAGCACUGUUGGUCUGGUUACACUGAAUGACAUGAAAGCGAAGCAGGAAGCUCUGGUCAAAGAACGAGAGAAACAGCUUGCCAAGAAGGAGCAGUCAAAAGAGCUACAGCUGAAGCUGGAGAAACAGAAGGAGAAGAAAAGAAAGGAAGAGCAGAAAAGGAAGAUUGCCAGUUUAUCCUUCAAUCCAGAUGAAGGAGAGGAAGAAGAGGAGGAAGAGGAUACCGAGGAGGAGAUUUGCAUUCCUGUAAAGAAGAACAAACUAGGAAAGAACCCAGAUGUGGACACCAGUUUCCUGCCAGACAGGGACAGAGAGGAAGAAGAAAAUCGUUUAAGAGAGGAACUAAGGCAGGAGUGGGAAAGAAAACAAGAGAAGAUCAAAAGCGAAGAAAUUGAAAUCACGUUCAGCUACUGGGAUGGCUCAGGGCAUCGAAAAACUGUCAAGAUGAAGAAAGGCAACACAAUUCAGCAGUUUCUCCAAAGAGCCCUGGAGGUCUUGAGAAAAGACUUCAGUGAGCUGAGGUCGGCAGGGGUGGAGCAUCUAAUGUACAUUAAAGAGGAUUUGAUUAUCCCACAUCACCACAGUUUCUAUGAUUUCAUUGUGACAAAAGCAAGAGGCAAAAGUGGGCCUCUUUUUAAUUUUGAUGUGCAUGACGACAUUCGGCUGGUGAACGAUGCCACGGUUGAGAAAGAUGAGUCUCAUGCCGGAAAAGUGGUGCUGAGGAGCUGGUAUGAAAAAAACAAACACAUCUUUCCCGCCAGCCGCUGGGAGCCUUAUGAUCCUGAAAAGAAAUGGGACAAAUAUACUAUUCGGUGAGAUGUCAAAUCUACGGGUUCCUGAACCAUCCCGCUGUGUUGUUGGCUUUAUGAACACCUGGCAGCAAAAUGCUUCGUCUUGCGUAGCAUUUUUGAUUAUCCAUAACUGUUUGGACCCACAUUUUCAUUGUAUGAAGAUGAAGCCUAAACCAGUCCGAUUGUUCACAUUCUGUCAUACGCUCAUUGCCAGAACUAACCUGACAUCUUCUCCUUCUUCGUUGUAAAUAGAGUCAUGAGUGUUUCAGUCAUUUCUUGAAUCCUAUUCAAAAAUAAAUUCCUCAUUUAUGUACCUUU